AACAGCUGCCCUCCAUUACCUUACCUUACCAUAACAGCGUCAGAACUUAUUCAUUCCCUCCAAUGUCUUAGAUCUCGACACUACAUAUCAACGUCCUGUCUCCCUUUUAGCAACGGCACUAUUCUUAUUCAACUUCCUGAUCACCAAAUGCUUUAAAUCUCGUAUCUAUGACCUCCUGGGCUUCCUAAUUUGACCAUCACUAUCACUAGACUCUGUGUUUACACGUCAUGAGCUCUUCUGACCGCAACGAAUCCCCCGAAACUCCCGAAUCUUCUGGCGCCGCUACACCCAACAAUCCUAACCGCGCCUCUGCAUCCUACAUCACAAACAUGUGGACCGGCCUCAUCCGUCGCUUCUCUAGUGAGGGUUCGUUCCCUAGCCAGGCCGACACCGCCUACGACGACGACUACAAGUACCACAACGGCAAUGGCACAAAAGACGGUAUAAACGGUGUCUUCACACCCGUGCGCCGUACAGCGAGCCCCCUUCGUCCUCCACCUCUGGAUCCUCUUGUUCUUCAUGGUUAUCGUCAGGGCACGCCCACGUCGGCUAAGUUACUGACGGCCGCUGUCGCGGAGGAGAUUCGCACCAUGGUUCCUGAGCGCCUACGCAUCGUGGACGACUGGCAUCUGGUCUACAGCCUUGAGCAGGACGGCGCGAGCUUGGCGACUCUGUAUCAGCGCUGUCGACAAUACGAAGGCAAACGAGCUGGUUUUGUCCUGGUCGUCAAAGACCUAGAAGGAGGGAUCUUUGGCGCAUACCUAUCCGAAUACCCGCAUCCUGCGCACUCGUACUUUGGUAACGGCGAAUGCUUCCUCUGGCGAGCCUCGACUAUCACGCCUCUUCCACCACCUCCAUCAGCUGAUACGACAAACCUGAACUCUCGAAUUAUAACGCUCGCCCCGCCACCGCCUUCGUCGGAGAGCAACACCCCUACACAUUCUCGCGCGCCGUCGCCUACACCUAGCGAAGCUGUCAGGUUCAAAGCAUUCCCAUACAGUGGUCUAAAUGACUUCUGCAUCAACUGCGAGACCGGCUUUCUAAGUGUUGGAUCAGGCGGUGGGCACUACGGGCUAUGGUUAGACAAUGGACUUGAAAACGGACAUAGCUCAAGGUGCGAAACCUUUGGUAACGAACCUCUGAGUGACGAGGGAACCAAAUUUGGCGUCAUCGGAGUCGAACUCUGGGUUAUGGGCGUAUGAUGAUGAUGCUUCGGUAUGGCUCUCACAUGUUUGCAUGGCGCUCGGUGUUAUGAUAUGGUAUUCGCAGGCGGAUCGGUCUCUCAUUAAAUUGAUGAUCUAUGGGAAGAAGGAAGAUCUGUGUGCUGUGAAGGCAGAGCGACCUUUGUUUGGAUAAAGUUUUUGGGUAUAUAACAAGGAGGACAACAGCAAAAAAUAUUCAAGGCAAGAUCAGUAAAAAUCAAUGAUACCCGGAGCUGAUACUCCCAACUCUUUACACCAUUAGUGGCCCUUUCAAUACUCCGCAAAUAUUCUUACAAAAAAAAUCAAAUGUUUGAUUGCUCCCCGUCUCGGCUCUGUCUCUUGGCUAUAAACGCCUGGAUCCCUUCCAGUACUCCUUGAGGUGUCGGUGACUCUGCGCACACGUCAGGCUCGAAUCCAAAGGACAGCAGGUGAUCUCUCGUCGUAGGUCCGAUGGUCGCGAUAAACGUCUUGCCGUCCCGUUCGUAGCCCUUAUACACUUUAUUGGUUUCAGGAUCCAGAAUUCCCAUGACUCGAAGCAUACUAUCGCAUCCGGUUGGUGAGAAUACCACAAUCCAUCGCAUAGGAUCAUUGCGCGUUUCGCUGAGGACCCUGCGUAGAUCAACCGGAAAGCUCUCCAUGACACCCGUCCCAUAGACGACCGUCUCUGUCACACGAAUGCGCUCUGUAUCCGGUAGUGCGCCGUCCUGUAGCGUUUUGGGGAUGAUGUCACGACGGGUCUCCCCAACGAGGAAUAGAAUCGGCGGGAGAGUCGCACGAGCUUGGUCGCGGUACCAUUCGUAGUAGUGGGCGAGGAUAAAAGGAGCCAGGGCUGCGCCGUUGCCUGUGUGGCUACCGAAGACUUUGAGAGGGGGAU